CAUGCUAUAGUUGUUGUAACCUGGUGUCUGCUCGUGAUUAUUACUUAAAAUGGGUUCAAUGGGAAACUUAACGUCUGUGCUUCUUUCGUAUGAAAAUUUGAUUCACGCUGUUUCGGGUGCAGCUGGAUCAACCGUCGCACUAUCUAUCUUCUAUCCUCUCGACGUCAUCAGAACCUAUCAACAGGUGACGUCAGAGAAAACUGAAGAACGAAGAUCGCCGUCACCUCGCAGAAACGAUUCAAAGAAAAGGUCCAACCAAGUGAGCAGUGCCUGGAUAGAAGUGGCCAAAGAUAUUGUUGCCAAAGGAGGUUUGGGAGCUCUUUAUAAUGGCAUGGGCGCAGUAAACAAAAGCGUGUGUGUAUCUAAUUUUGUCUACUUUUACGUUUACCAUGCUUUGAAAAAGCUAGCUCAAACCCACGGUUUCACACAGAAACCUGUUUUGAAUUUGGUUCUGGGGAUGCUCGCAGGAACUGUGAACGUCCUAGCUACUACGCCUCUGUGGGUGGCUAAUACUAGAAUAAAGCUGCAAGGAACGAAAACAGACGAAUCAGAGAAUGCUGAAACUCUACAGAAAACAUUCUAUAAAGGUCUAAUUGAUUGUAUGGUAAAAAUAGCGAAAGAAGAAGGCGUAAGGGCACUGUGGUCGGGGACGUUGCCUUCGCUUAUUUUGGUCUUCAACCCUGCGAUUCAUUGGGCUGUUUACGAAACUCUCAAGUCAAAUAUGAGCAACAAGACAGGGUUUUUGAACAGUGCUUUGUAUUUGUUCUUGAUAAGUGCUAUGGCUAAAUGUGUAGCUUCUAUCACUACAUAUCCUUUGCAGCUACUCCAGAAUCGACUGAGAGCGAAGUGGUACAAUACUGAUCAGAAACAUCUCCAGAUCUCGAUGAUUGCAUACUUCAGAAAUAUUUUGAAAACUCAAGGUGUCAAAGGCCUGUUUCGGGGGUUGGAAGUAAAGUUAUGGCAGACGGUGCUAACAGCUGCAUUCAUGUUUGUAAUAUAUGAGAAAAUUAACGCUAGAAUAUUGCGAUUAGUUUUAAAUAAAUAAAUUUUGUAUUAAUGUAUCAUUUGUAAUUUAUACUAGACAAAUA